AGGAUUGCUUGCUCUCAACAAUAUGGCGUUGAACAUCUUGUUGGGCGUUGACAGUUUGGUUGACGAGAGAGUGGUAACCCUCUGCGCAUAACAUGCUUCGCCGCCACGAGAUGGCACUGUUAAGCACCGUCGGGACCUUGCUCUGCUACGCGGACCGCACCAACAUCGGCGUGGCCCUGCCAUCCUUUGAGCCGGACCAUGCCAAGCAAGGCCGCAUCCUGUCUGCGUUCUUCUACGGCUACAUAUGCACGCAGAUGCUAGGUGCCCACUGGGCAUUCAUGCAUGGCCCCAAGCGCGUGCUGCUGCUUGGUGUGUGUGUCUGGACUCUCUUCGACUUGCUCACGAUUCCCAUGGCCAGCACACCGGCUUUGCUGUGGCUCGUUCGUGCCGGUAUGGGGCUUGGCGAAGGCAUCUUGUUUCCGUCGUUGCAUGUGGUCGCCGCGUCCUGGUACCCCGUCAGUGAGCGCAGUCGGCUCAUGUCGUUCGUGUCCAGCGGUGUCGACCUCGGCACGAUCUUGUCCAUGUCGGUAGCCCCGUUGCUUCUCAGCUCGUUUGGCUGGCCGAGUAUUUUCUUCACGUUUGGCGGGCUCAGUGUGCUGUGGCUACUGGCGUUCGUGUGGCGUGGCAGCAGCAACCCCGAAACAGACAAGUUCAUUUCAUUGGCUGAAAAGGCGGCGAUUUUAUCGCAACGCGACGUCUUUUCAGCCAAUCACAAAGCAAUGUCGUCCCAACGCCACGUGUUGUCGACCCGGCGGUUGCUCUCGAGUCGCGGGGCAUGGGCGAUCUACAGUGCCCACUUUGCGUUUAAUUACGGCUGGUAUGUGUUGUUGGGGUGGAUGCCGCUAUACUUUCGUGAAAAGCUGCACGUGCCCCUAGCCUACAGCGGCCUCGCGUGUCCGUACGUUGCUGGGUACGUGGGCGUGCUCUUCUGGGGCGUCGUGUCCGACAAAUGCAUUCAAGCCGGCCGUAAGCCUCUGGUCAUCCGCAAAGCCAUGAACGCCGUCGGACUCGUCGGGGCGGCGGCAUGCUUUGGCCUGCUGCGGUUCACCCAGUCGACUUCGGCGGCCGUGGGCAUGCUCAGUCUGGCGCUGUUUCUCGGACGGGCUGCGACCUUGGGCUAUUGGGUUCACAUGGUGGAUGUAUCCCCGGCUCACGCGGGUCAUAUCAUGGGUAUCAGCAACACUAUCGGCACCGUGCCUGGCAUCGUGGGCAAUUUGUUCACUGGGUGGAUGCUCAGUCGAAGUAACAACAACUGGGAUGUGGUAUUUGGGGUAGUGGCGGCCGUGCUCGUGGGUGGCGCCGCCGUCUUCCACUGCUGGGCGACUGACCACCUCGACGACGACGGCGACCACGCCAAGAAGGAUCUCAUGGCCACCAACCUCCUGGACAGCGACGACGACGAGUUGCACUUGGAGCGUGACGAGUUUUUCAUUUAACCGCACUAUUUCAAGAAAUAAAGACUAAUCAAGUAGUACAUAAAUAAUAAUAUUCAAGCCUCGGAA